UUCCCUCAAUCUUAACAUCUCUUGUCAAACAUUUUAUUCGCAUUUCCGGUACAAUGUUAUAUUUACAAUAAUAAUUCUAAUGACUCCUUCGAUACGUUUUCAAUACAUUGGCGAGAGAAUUUACUUGUUUUUAAAAAUAUAUUGUUUAGUGACUUGAUCUAGUGAAAUAAAGAAGGCACUGCCGUAGAUAGGAUGCCAAGAGAUGGAUUUUGACAAGUUAUGAAAAGAAUGCUGAAAGGAUUAUUUGUAAUGCUACGAUAACUCAAACGUAUCGAAUAAUUAAUUCACCAUAGAGACGUCACUUAAACUGGUAUGAAGCAGAUCCUAUAACGAAUUAUGGAUCCUUCCCUGAGUGAUAAGCUUGAUGCGCUGCAGCAGAUAAGUCAACGGAAACUUGUUGAAAUACUGAAUUCAAUUCCAGGGAAAAAAGAUCUGAUUAUAGAAAGUAAAUUAAUGAAACCAUUAGACUGUUUCGUCGGUGUAACUGUACUCAGGAAGUAUGACGUCGACAAAAUUUUUAAAAUGGAACAAGGAUUAAAACCUGUAAAUACACAACGAGUGUUUCUAGUCUCGUGCAAUUUAAUCUCAUGUAAACGAGUCCUUGAUCAGGUGCAAUCCGAACUUCCACAGUCUCAUGGCGUAUCGCAUCAUUUAAUAAUCGUUCCAUACAUUCCUGUGGUUUUACAUACACUGAUCGAAGAGGAAGGUCUCACUGGAUUAUUGACAGUUCGUCGUCUUUCCUGGGAGUUUCUGAGAUCCGAUGGUAACAUUCUGUCUUUAGAGGUACCGAUGUUUACGGACUUGUAUUAUCACAAGGACAGCAGUUUUUUACCAGUCAUAGCACGCAGCCUUUGGUCUCUCAAACUAGUACUCGGUUCUCCCAAACUCUCUAUAUCGUUUGGAAAAUAUAGUCAGCAAGUUCUGAGUAUGGUGGAUACGAUGGAAGAAAGUUGGGGGUCUGCGGAUGAAGACAAUCAAUUGGGUGCACUGAUUGUAAUGGACAGAAGUUUCGAUCUGGCUACUGUCUUAUUAACUCCGGUGACAUAUUCAGGUUUAAUGAACGAGAUCUUGGACAUCAAUGCUGGCACAGCCUACCUAAAUAACUCUCUGAGUAAACUGGAUCCCAAGAAGGACCAAAUUUAUGGAGAAUUAAGGGACAGGCACUUCAGCGACAUCUUUCAGACAUUGCGCGAGAAGACCAGAUCCCUAAAAUCCGAGCAAGAGGCCACGCAACGGAUGAAGCUGGCCGAUAUGCAACGCUACGUCGCUAACGAGUUACAAAAGACCACCGAGGUGAAGCGUCAGCUAGCUUUCCACAUUGCAGCAUGCGAAGCGAUCGUGGAUGCCCUGGGCUCCGAAUUCGAGGACCUGCAGCUCAUUGAGGAGUCGAUACUGGAAUGCCGUAAAUGGAAGGAAUGCCUGGAGUACAUCGAAAGAAAUAUAGACGACCAUCCUAUGCGAAGCCUUCGCUUGAUCUCUCUACUCUCGAUCGCAAGUGACGGAUCGACCGAGAGUGAACUGCGGCAGAUUCAGAAAUCGCAUCUUCAUGCCCACGGGUACGAGCAUAUACCGUUAUUUCAUAAAAUGGAAACGGCGGGUUUACUGCGCUACAAGCCGGAGAACAUUCUGAACAAACUUCCGUCUCGCAAUAGCGAUUGGGCCGCCAAUGCUCAACGUCUAAAGCUCCUGCCUAAUCGAGCUAAACAAUUGGAUCUAAAAGUGCCCACCUGUCCCAGCUACGUUUUCAAUGGAGUAUACAUACCAGCCAUUGCGCAAAUCUUGAACAUUGUGUUGAGGCAGGACAUGGAUACCAAAACUUUUGACGAUAUGGGCAAUCUUCCUGGAUGUUCUGUAACUGGCUAUCGUGGACAGAUACAACCGAGAACGGUUGUAGUUUAUAUAAUAGGAGGAAUAAGUUAUGCGGAAAUAGCCGCUUGUAGGCUCAUUGAGGCGUCGACUGGGUCACGAAUUGCUCUUGCCUCAGACAGUAUAAUAACGGGUGAUAAACUGUUUCAAAGUUUACAGGACGCGUAAACUUUAAGAUGAGAUGAUAAUACCACACGCAAGAAUACUCCAAGAAAAAUUAAGUUUAUAAUUAGAUUACGCGUAUCUGGGAAAACGGUUUAAUACGCUUUAUAAAAAGAUAAAAUAUACCAUACAGAUGUUUUUUUUAUUAUUAUAAUUGUCCUUAUUUCCAAUUUAAUGAAGAAUAUAUUUCGAAGAUAAGAUAA